AUGGAAAAUACCAGCCAUAUAGCUUUUUUCGGUGGCCAGGGCAGCCGGUCACUCUUUUCGAAGUCGGUUACUUCGGGUUCUCAAAGAGCGGCGCUCACUUCUACCACCGUUUCUUUCCUACUCUCGUCCUGCCAUGGCGCCUUUCUGGGCGAGCUGUUGCAUCUGAGAAGCCUGGGUCCAAUCCCAGCCUGGGCCGUAUUUGACAGAGUCCAGGCGCCACUGGAUUUACUUGCAGUGCCUGAGGAGUGCCACAAGAACCCUGUUAUGCAAGGGGUGGUUCUCUGUGUCCAUCAACUGAUUCAUUAUCUGCAUGGUGAACGAGGAUGGCCCCAACGGGCGGGAUCAGCAGUGGCUGGACUCUGCUCUGGUAUCUUGCCGGCGGCGGUUGCAGCCUCCAGUCGAGAUGUCUCAGCAUUUAUCUCAUGGGCCAAGGAGGCCGUGCGUCUUGCCUUCUGGAUUGGUUAUCGAGUCGGUGAACUCAGUGCCCGUCUCGGGGGCGCUGAGUGGCAGCUGUACCCCUGGUCUCUGGCAGUUGUUGGACUAGAUAGAGCAGAGAUGGAACGGACUUUGAGCAUAUUCGAGGAUAAUGACGCAGCACCCACCCAGGCGCCCAUUCGUAUAUCGGGCGUCUCUGGAAGUACGCUCCUAAGUCUUACAGGAGACAGUCGCCUGCUGCAGCGGCUACGCUCCCAGUAUAUACAGGCGUCGGUUCUCUGUGAGCCCAUUGACGUCUACGGACUUUACCAUGGUGGCCGCGAGGAACUGCCUACACUAGAGGCGGUUCUCCAGGAUGUGAAACAACGAAACAUCGCGUUUCCCGACAUAUCCGAUCUAGUGCUUCCACUAUGGUCUGCCAAAGACGGAUCGUUGUUGACUGACAAGCGUGAAUUAGACACCUCGUUCGUCGAGUAUGUUCUACGCAGCAUCCUUAUCGACUCUUCUGAAUGGGCAAACACCUGGGCGAACAUCAUACAAUCAAACUCGAAGAAUAACGGCAAUGUCACCUUGAUGGCUAUCGGUCCCGGAUCAUACUCAUUUCUGAUCCAUGCAUCUAGAGCCGUGGGUGGGGAGAGCCUUUCGAUCCCUCGAAUUAUCAAUGGCGCCAUUGAAGAAACUUCCGAGCUAGAUCACGAUGGCUUCGCUAUCGUAGGCAUGUCGGUGAACUUUCCGCUUGGGGCUACAAAGGAACAGCUUUGGCAUACAUUAGAGAAUGGGCUGAGCGCCCUUCAACAGAUUCCAGAUACUCGCUUUAGGGUUAGUGAUUACUCAGAUGGAAAGCGGUCCAUGUCAACUCAUACUGGGAAUUUCCUGGAUAAUCCUUUCCUUUUCGACCAUGGAUUCUUCAACAUCUCUCCCCGGGAAGCGAAGUCAAUGGAUCCCCAGCAAAAGCUAUUGCUGCAGGGAGCCAAAAUAGCCCUUGAUGACGCCGGAUACGUCCCCGAUGCAACAUUAUCGUUUCAGAGCGAUUCCAUCGGUUGUUACAUAGGCGUAGCUACUGAUGACUACGUUCAGAAUCUUAUUGAUGAUAUAGAUGUCUAUUACUCGCCCGGCACUCUUCGGGCUUUUCUGAGCGGAAAGAUUUCCUAUGCGUUCGGCCUCAGUGGACCAUCGAUGGUUGUUGACACGGCAUGCUCCUCGUCUCUGAUGGCUAUUUAUCAAGCUUGCCGCGCAUUGCAGAAUCGUGACUGUUCGGCGGCAAUUGCAGGAGGAGUUAACGCUAUCACAAGUCCCGACAUGUUCCUGGGACUUGCACGCGCACAUUUUCUGAGCGACCAUGGGCAAUGCAAAGCGUUUGACGCCGGUGCCGAUGGCUACAGCCGAGCUGAGGGGUGUGGAAUCUUUAUUAUCAAACGUCUACAAGACGCCCUCGAUGAAAAUGACCGCAUAUAUGGCGUGAUCAAGGAAGUGGAGGUGAAUCAAUGUGGCAACGCCAAAUCAAUCACCCAUCCCCACGGACCGACUCAGGCCAGAUUAUUCAAGCGGUUGCUCGCCAAAACAGGCUAUCAUCCCAGCUCUAUCAGCGUUAUUGAGGCUCACGGCACUGGAACUCAGGCUGGAGAUGCUACUGAAGUGUCAAGUAUCGCCUCGGUGUUCAGCGGGCUCCAUCCCUCGCGUCAUUCGGUGCACCUCACGUCUAUCAAAGCCAAUAUCGGCCACGCCGAAGCGGCCUCUGGUGCUGCGGGUUUGGCCAAGCUCUUGUUGAUGCUGAUGAAGAACAAAAUUCCUCCUCAGAUCGGAUUAAAGACCAUCAAUCCCGCCCUGUCUGCGCUUCAAUCCGACGAUAUCCAUAUCGCCACAGGAACAACAGAGUGGGCACCAACCGCGGGGAAACCACGAAGAGCACUGCUUAAUAAUUUUGGCGCAGCGGGAUCCAAUGCUGCGCUCGUUGUUCAGGAACCUCCUCUGAUAUCAGAGGACAAGCAGUGGGGAAAGAGACGAGCAGCAUAUAACUUCCGAUUAUCUGCAAAAAGCGUGGAAGCCCUCGAGAAGUAUCGUCUUGCAUUUAUUCAAAUGCUGCGGGAUACUCCAGACACGGAGCUUCACAAUCUUUGCUACACUGUUACUGCUAGACGGCAGAUGUACGAUCAUCAAAUUUCCCUUGUAUGCCAGCGUACACAAGAUGUCCUGAGCAGCCUCGAAAGUGGGAGCAUCAUGACGCAUGUCUGCCAGUCAGGACAACAACCCAUAAUCUUCGUCUGCUCAGGACAAGGCGGGUGCUAUCCAGGCAUGGGCAAAGCUUUGCUUUCCACCGCACCGGCCUUCAAACAAGCAGUGGAAGAGUGCGAUGGAGUUCUCGAAUCCCUUGGCUAUUGCAGAAUCAUACCAUAUUUGAAUGAUGGAUGCGCUCCUACGAGACCGGAAGAUGUGUUGAUGGUAUCCCAAGUUUCCUGCUUCGUUGUCGAAUAUGGACUCGCUUGCCUAUGGCUAUCUCUGAACGUUCGGCCGGACUUUGUGCUCGGGCACAGUUUGGGCGAGUAUACCGCGUUAGCUAUCACCGGGGCGAUUUCCUUGAGCGACGCACUGUCACUGGUGGCAUUCAGAGCCCGGUUGAUGGCACAGGAGUGCGAAAUGGGACGAACAGGAAUGCUGGCAUGCAAUUUCUCAGUGUCUGAUUUCGAGUCUCUGCUCAAGUCCACUCGGGGAGUUCGGGCGUCGUUAGAGGUUGCCUGCGUCAACGGCACAACCGACGUAGUUAUUUCGGGCUCCGUCGAAGACCUCGAAUGGCUGGCUGCGAGACUCGAACACGAUGGUCGCCGAUAUAAAAAAUUGGAUGUUCCUCUGGGCUUCCACUCAGCGGCUCUCGAUCCCAUCUUAGAGGCUUUGCGGCAAUUUUGUACCAAUAUCAACUUCUAUCCGCCGAAGUUUCCCGUUGGGUCUUGCCAUUACGGUCGACAGCUGCAGUUUGAGGACCUUACGCCGGAGUAUUUCGUUAGCCAGGCCCGGGGUGCAGUUAAUUUCGAAGCCCUGCUGGCUUCCGUCUCCCAGGAUACGAGAUUUCCAAGUCCGUUAACCUUCAUCGAGAUUGGACCUGCACCCAUUACCCUUCCACUGGUCAAAAAUGCAUUUUCCGGCUCGGACUGUCUUCUGUUGCCAUCGUUAAGAAGAAAUCAGGAUCCUUGGGUAACGAUUUGCAAUUCCCUCAGGAAUCUAGCAAAUCUACAUCACGAGAUUAACUGGCGUGAAGUCUUUGCCGGAACGAACGCCACUCUCACGGAUGUGCCCUACUAUCCGUUCCAACAAAGCGCCAUAUAUGUGCCGUAUAAGGAGCGGGGUGGUGCGAAAUUAGAGAGAAAGUUUUCACAAUCCUGUGAUGUUCCCCGAUCUUUCCAUCUGUUGGAAGAUAUUCAACCAUCCGGAGAAGACCCUACCGUCCUACAAUUUGGUGCACGGGUUGCGUCUAUAUCGAGGUACAUAGUCGGGCAUAUGGUUGGGGGCCAUUCAUUAUGUCCGGCAUCCAUAUAUCAUGGAAUGCUUCUCGAAGCAAGCACAGUCGACCCAAUCACACAGCAAGACCAUAUGCUGGUUGUUCAGAAUCUGACAUUCUCCCGACCUUUACUGCACCUGGAAACAAACGAUGAACGGUUGAUCAGGUUGACAUUAGACAGCCCUACUUCCCAGGAUCUACAGAAACCAGAUACAACGACACGGAAAUUCACUUUCCAGUCCAUGGACGCAGUCGGGCAUGAUAAUGCCAUCUUUCACUGUUCCGGCCAAAUUGAAUACGAACCCCAGUCAGCGACAGAAAGAUAUAUGGCUCUUAAGGCGGCAUACGUUAAACGGCAACUCACCCACCUUCGAUCGAAGCACAUCCCGAAAAAUCAUUUCUAUACCCGUAUGAUUUACAACGUCAUUUUCCCUCGUGUUGUAACCUACUCAGAUAUCUACCAGACUCUCCAACAGCUUACCCUCGUGGAUGGCAGCCUGGAAGCAUUUGGCAGCUUUCGCUCCGCUGCAGAUGCAUGGGAUGCAGGCAAGGGAGUGCUUUCGCCCGUUUUUGUUGAUACACUCUUGCAUGCAGCGGGAUUUGUGGCAAACAGCCAUGUUGAAGCCUCAGAGGCAUGUAUUUGCAGCAAGGUGGAGACCUGUCGAGUCCUCGUCGAGAAAAUUGGUCCUGGUCAAGAGUUCAGUAUAUAUUGUAGCCUUCUUCCUUCCGGUGAAGGAGCGCUGGUGGGGGAGGCAUACGCCAUCAACUCCGAUGGGGCUGUGGUAGCAGCAGUGGAAGGAAUGCAUUUCCAGCGGCUGAAUCUAGCCUUCUUCCAACGUCAUCUCUCGCGGUUUAGCUCGCGUCACUCGACUCCAACCAACACUGCCAUCGCAUGCCCACCUACAACAACAAACGGCGAAUAUGAAGGGUCAAGAGAGAAGAGAGAUCCUGCUGUUAGGGUUGCUCUUGACAAUGGGGGGCAUGCUAUCGUGGAACUCAUGUCCCAAAUUUGUGAGAUACCUUCGCAAGCUAUCGUGGCUUCCUCGCCUCUCUCACGACUGGGUAUUGAUUCGUUGAUGAAGCUGGAGCUUUUUGACGGCAUACGCCGGCUAUUCCCACAAAAGCAGCUCGAUAUGGCUCUGGUAAUGGAUACCGAGACUGUCCAAGAUUUGCAGGAUUAUGUGCAUCUGGCCGGCGAGACUCCACGCCGGAGCAAUCCUUGUCGCAGCUCAAAUAACCAGCCUCAGAGACACAGACAUGGUCUUCAUGGCGCGGAUGAGAAUGGUCAGAUAGCGUCAAAUACGAAUGGCCAGUUAAUCCCUGCUGCAUCGCCCUCGCCACUUCCUCAAUCUUCGCUUAUUGACAUGUUCGUGUCUAUUCUGCAUGAAAUUACCGGGGUGCCAGAAAGUGAUAUCUCGUUGGACACCCCGAUUCGAUCUCUAGGUGUUGAUUCCCUGCUAUCGCUAGAGCUGUCGGAUAUCCUAUCGGAUAGAAUAGGGCGAACGAUACCGCAAGAAGCCAUACAUUCGGACUUCCGGCUUUCUGAUCUCGAAGCGCUGGUCUCAAGUCAAACCUCUUCAACAACUACCACCGACUCAGAUCCGGGCGACAUGACACCUUUGUCCAAGACCUACUCUUCUCCAAAUGUGCGCCCCACCGCUUUAGCAACGGGCUCAGUGGACCAGAUCCCGUUGUUCCUGUUUCAUGAUGGAGGAGGAACGGUGGGCAUGUAUAAGAGGCUGGGUAAUCUCGGUCCAGUCAAUUGCAGUUUAUUUGGCAUUGCAAAUCCGCAAUUGACGGGAGGCUCCCACUGGGCAUUCAGCUUGGUCGACAUGGCCGCACAUUACGCUACAGUGAUAUUCUCAGUCUCAAAGGGGGAAGCGAUCGUUCUGGGAGGCUGGUCCUUUGGCGGUGUGCUCGCUCAUGAGGUCGCGCAGCAGCUAUUUGCCUUGGGUCAAAAGGUGCAAGGCGUAAUUUUGAUCGACUCACCCUGUCCCAUAGACCAUGCACCUCUUCCACCACCUGUCAUUGAAUAUAUCCUCAACUCAAUGCGUACACCACAGGUGUCAGGCCUAGCAGCAACAGAUGAUUACACUCGGUCCAUCCUACGCUCACAGUUCCAAAGCCACGCACGCUUCCUAUCAGAGUAUACCUAUGGCUCCCACAAGUCAAAGCCAACGACUAUCAUUCCAUACGUGAUGCUUCAAUGCGAAGAUGUACUUGAUACCACAAGCCUCUGUGGUGUUCAGUAUCCUUUCCUAGAGGACCAGGCCGCUCGAGCACAGAAUAAUCUUGCAUGGGAAGAAUUUCUCAACCAGAAGAUUGCAGUCUUGAUGAUCCCAGGGAAUCAUUUUGAACCUUUCAAACCAGAGAAUAUAAUAUCGGUCUCUGAGCAGAUGCAAAACGCCUAUCGAAUGAUUGUCGAUAGCCAACAAUAG